AUUGCUUAAGUCGAAUUGAACCAGAACUAUGUCGUCGCCUUUGCCGCCGUCGCCGCUGAAGUCGUCCACGGAAGCAACUCCAUGGGUCCAAGUUCAUCGAAAUGCGCUCCCUGAUGUUGUCACAGUCGACAUGUUGCCUGUUCGACCGAACCCACUUGCGCGCGACUCCCAGGAUUCGUUCUUGAAGACCGGUCUUCAGGAUGUCCUGCACUUCGACACACAUGGAAACGCUACCAUGAUGCGUAUGCGCCGAGCUGAUGUUUUGAAGAUGACACAGCAAGCGGCCGCCCCGCUCGGAGGAUCACCUCGUGCAACGACAUCUUCCGUGGACGGAACCCCAUCACAACCUGGCACCGGACGACCUGGACACCCCGUUGGUGUGUCUGUGUCCGAUGCGCAGAUGGUACACAUGCGGGAUCUGCGGAAACUCGACUACGCUUUCGUCGAAUCGUACGAACCGUCGAUUGUUGUGCGGAAGCAGGCCAUCUUGAUCAAUGCAGACCCGAUUCGGUCCGUGAUCAUGCGCGACUGCUGCUUGAUGUUCGUACCAGACACAAACCACGUUCUGGUGGACUUGCUCAAGGAGAACUUCCAGGACAAUCAAGCCGACUCAAGUGAAGCAGGCGAAAUGGCGUUUGAAUUCCGGGCUCUCGAGGCUAUUCUGUCCACUGUGUGCAGAUUCCUCGCAAACGACUUUGAACGGAUGGCUCCGAUCGUCAACACGUCGCUCGAACGUCUCGCGAGUGCCCAAAUGUCGUCGGGGGAGCUGGAAACGCUACGCACGCUGAAAAACGCUACCAACGAGUUCGAAUCCCAGGUGAACGGACUGCGACGCGUGCUCAUGGAAAUCCUGGACAACGAGGUGGACUUGCAUCUGCUCUACCUCACGCAGCUACAUGCCAACCCGAUCAUGAUGAACGAACUAUGGAGCUUUGAUGCAGAGGAGGCCGAGUCGCUGCUCGAGGUGUACUUGCAGGACAUCCACAACACCAAAACCAAGGUGGCGCUCAUGCUGCACCGCAUUCACAACACGGAGAGUGUCGUGAUGCUCAAGAUGGACGCCGUUCGAAACUACCUUCUCACGGCCGACAUGCUCUUCACGCUGAUUAUGGUGUGUAUGACGUUCGGCAUGUUCGUCACUGCGGCGUUCGGAAUGAACCUUACGUCUGGGCUCGAGCAAACCCCUGGCGCGUUCGUCACGGUUCUCGUCGUCACGGUCGUGUUCGCUGUCAUCUGCGUCUACGUCGGCAUUGCGUUCUUUCGCAAACGAGGGGUUAUCAUUUAAUUCAAGACUGUCUCGAAUGCAA